CCACCUCAGCCGGUGUCGCCUCUGCGCCGCCGGGGCGGUGCUGGGAUAGUGAUGGAGACGCCUGGGCCGCCGGCCCGGGCCCUGAUGCUUCCUGCCGCGUCCCAGCCUCGGAGGAAGCGCGCAGCCGGGGAGGCCGGGCCUGCAACAAGCAGGCAGCGGGUGCUGGACGAGGAGGAGUACAUCGAGGGCCUCCAGACGGUCAUCCAGAGGGAUUUCUUCCCUGACGUGGAGAAGCUGCAGGCGCAGAAGGAGUACUUGGAGGCAGAGGAGAAUGGAGACUUGGAGCGCAUGCGCCAGAUCGCCAUCAAGUUUGGCUCUGCCCUGGGCAAGAUGUCUAGAGAGCCUCCACCGCCCUAUGUGACUCCAGCCACGUUUGAAACCCCUGAGGUGCACACAGGCAGUGGAGUGGUAGGCAGUAAGGCCCGGGGCCGGGGCCGCGGCCUGGAGGAUGGCACUGGAGAGUCUGUGAAGGAGGAGGAGGAGGCGGCCCUGCCCAGCCUGGAUGUUUUCUUGAGCCGGUACACAAGUGAGGACAACGCCUCCUUCCAGGAGGUCAUGGAGGUGGCCAAGGAGAAGAGCCGCGCCCGCCACGCCUGGCUCUACCAGGCUGAGGAGGAGUUCGAGAAGAGGCAGAAAGACAACCUGGAGCUUCCGUCAGCUGAGCACAAAGCUAUCGAGAGCAGCCAGGCCGGCGUGGAGACUUGGAAGUACAAGGCCAAGAACUCCCUCAUGUACUACCCAGAGGGCGUCCCUGACGAAGAGCAGCUGUUUAAGAAGCCCCGGCAGGUGGUGCACAAGAACACGCGCUUCCUCAAGGACCCCUUCAGCCAGGCACUGAGCCGGUCCCAGCUGCAGCAGGCUGCUGCCCUCAAUGCCCAGCACAAACAGGGCAAGGUGGGUCCAGACGGCAAGGAGCUGAUCCCCCAGGAGUCCCCCCGAGUGGGCGGGUUUGGAUUUGUUGCCACCCCUUCUCCUGCCCCUGGUGUGAACGAGUCCCCGCUGAUGACCUGGGGGGAGGUAGAGAACACACCCCUGAGAGUAGAAGGAUCCGAAAGCCCCUACGUGGACAGGACACCCGGGCCAGCCUUCAAGAUCUUGGAGCCCGGCCGCAGGGAGCGGCUGGGGCUAAAGAUGGCCAACGAGGCUGCCGCCAAGAACCGGGCCAAGAAGCAGGAGGCUUUGCGAAGAGUGACGGAAAACCUGGCCAGCCUUACCCCCAAAGGCCUGAGCCCAGCCAUGUCCCCGGCGCUGCAGCGCCUUGUGAGCAGGACAGCUAGCAAAUACACGGACCGGGCCCUGCGAGCCAGUUAUACACCAUCCCCGGCCCGCUCGGCCCACCUCAAGACCCCAGCUGGUGGGCCUCAGACCCCCACAAGCACACCGGCUCCCGGCUCUGCCACACGCACCCCCCUCAGCCAGGACCCAGCCUGCAUCACGGACAAUUUGCUGCAGCUUCCUGCCCGGCGCAAAGCCUCGGACUUCUUCUAGGGCCUGGGCUGGGCUGGGCCAUGGGAAGCUUUGUGGAGCCUCCAGGGGAGCUGUCUACCCAGCGGAGGACUCCAGCUUCCUAGGGACCCAGGGUCAUGUCCAAAGUAGUGAGCGUCCCAGGAGCCACAGAAGAAAGGUGCCAGGCUGGCACAGGACCUGCCCCUGCGGCCCUGGGGUGCAUCCUAGGGCUUUGCUGGUACAGUUUUUUAUUGGACCCCCCCUCCUCUCUAUUUAACCGUAAUUAAAGAGCAUUUCCAGGAGUUCA